AUGUGCAAGCCGGAACUCCAAGCGCUCCUGUCGUCGACCGGCACGCCCACCGCCAACCGAUCCUCCUCGUCCCUCAUCACUCCCCCGCUCCUCGCCCUCGCAGACCCGCCGCAACACACCGUCGAUGCGCGGCUAGUCGAGUUCUUCGUGCAGGAGACGAUCCGAAUGUUGAUCGACUCUACGAAAGCGGCUUCUGAGCGACGGAAACGCGAGCACGAUUCUAUCGAGGCAGAGCUGGCUUCUCUCGGGCUCUCAGGCUCGGGCAAUGGCGCGAAGGGGAAGAACAAGGCGGAUGGGGCGGAGCCGGCGAAGGAAGACGAGGACGAGGUGGUCGACGAGGAGGUGCGAAAGAAGCUGGAGGGGCUCGGCUUCAAAGUUGGAUGGGCGACGGCAGAGCGGUUAACCCGCGACCGUCCCCGCUUCCCCUCGAUUCCAACGCCCACUGCGACCUCCCUCUCCCCCUCACUACCUUACACACCUCCACCGACCACUCCCGACCCACUCGAAGCGAUCAAGUUCGUCUGCAAAGACGUCUGGGUCUCGGUAUUCGACAAACAGGUCGACAACCUGCGGACGAAUCAUAGGGGUGUUUGGGUCGUGCUGGAUACGAGUCUGAGGGGUUUGAGGGGCGUGAGCGUGCCGCCGCGGAGAGAGGGGGCAGGAGCGGCGGGCAAGAAGGGAGAGACGGAGGAGGAGAAGCAGUUGCGGCGAUGGGUGGGCCUCACACUCUCCUUCCCUUCCGGCCUCAUCCGCGGCGCCCUCUCAGCACUCGGCAUCUCCAGCACCGUAACAGGUGAAUCGAGUGGUCUUCCGCAGGCUACAUUCCAGAUUCGGACGGUUGGGAGGCCGGGACAAGUUGGGUGA